GAGUACCAGCUGGUACCACGGGGCUCCUCAUCCUCCUCGGGACUUCAUUUGUUGCUGCUGCUGAAAUCAGGACAUGGAACUGAAAUCGAAGCGCAAACCUGUAGACGUUGUCCUUGGAUGCUUCAUUGCAGUCUGCCUUUAUAACCUUUGUCUGGCUCAAAGAAUUUGCACAGUGCCCCCUGGCCCCAUACCAGUGUCAGAAAACAACACCGCUGACGUCCAGGUGGCCAAAAUCAGCUCCAACAGUGAUGUGACUCUGACAGUGACGGUGAACCCUGAAGAUUUAUUCUACCUGAAAGGAAACGCCCUCAUGGUAAAGAAAGGCCUGGACUAUGAGUCAUUGCCCAGCGCGACUCUGAUGGUGUGGAUAAAGUGCAGCAGAGCUGGCUCUAGAUCUGUGAACGAGUCCGUCGAGGUUUUGGUUGAAAACGUGAACGAUAACCCCCCAAACUUUGCUCAGAACCACUAUGUGCUGGAUGUGAAUGAGCUCAUUCCGGUCAACUCCAGUAUUGGUCUGAUAGAAGCCACAGAUGUUGAUUCACAGCCGCUGUAUUAUCGCUUGGAGACAACAACAGACAAGUAUUUCCGCUUGGAAAACGUCAAUACUCCAAAGAUUCUUGUGAAAACCAUCCUGGACUACGAUGUUGUACAAAAGAUCUCGCUGGUCUUACACGUGCAGGAUACGUUCAACGGUUCAGCUUCCAACAAGCCCUUCUUCACCUCUGUGGCCACCAUCACAGUGCGUGUGAAGGAUGUGGACAACCGGCCCCCGUGGUUUCAGCCAUGCACGAGGACAAACUUAGGAAAUGCUAAACUGUGUGUGAGCAGCGGCUACAGAGGCAAAGUCAACCUCACAGAGAAACAGGAAGGCCCGCUGGUGCUGGAACCUGGACCUGUGUUUGCCAAGGAUGGAGACAAGAACAAGAGCGAGCAGAUCAGCUACAGAAUAUUACGAGGAAACGAAGGAAAUAUAUUUCAGAUUGAUGAAGAAACGGGGAACAUCACAAUGACCAAAGCUGCUGAUAUUGUUGGUCCAAUAACUCUCACUAUCCUGGCAUCACAGGUGACCAACAGAGAUCAGUUUGCGGUGACACAGGUUACCAUUGAUGUGAUGAAGAAGAGCAGGAGUCCUCCUCGUUUUGAAAGGGAGCGAUAUGAAGGAUUUAUCUACAGCAACUCUGUGCCUGAGACCAUGAUCCUCCGAGACCGAAACACCAACCGACCCUUCAGGGUCCGAGCACGGGACGAAGACUUCGCCAGUGGUGUGAAUCCAGAUGUCAAAUACGAGGUUCAGUACAGCAGCUACGUCAAUGUGACCUCUGAUGGUUUCGUGAUACUGAAAAGAGUUGUGAAGACAGAGUCCUUCGCUCUUCAGCUCCGAGCAGUGGAUGUGACAACAGGGGAGUUUGGAACUGCAGCCCUCUCAGUUCAGGUCAUACCUGAUUUAGCCAGCCCAUCUCCCUCAAACAUCGGCUAUCGUCCAGGUGACAUGGCGCUUCUGGGCUUGAUCAUGGCAGCUCUGCUGAUCCUUUGCCUGAUUGUUAUUGGCUUCUUAGUUUCCCACUUGUGGAAGGGAAAUACGGGUGUGGACAAACUAUGUGAGUGCCUGAGCCCAUGUUUGCAGUCCGGCCAGCCCCGAAGUGGCCACAGAGACUCCCUGCAGUACACCAAUGAUGGCUUCCAGAAUGAGGGGGACCUGAGCCGUCGGGGAGCCAGACGCUGGAACAAUGUUCUCCCCAGAAGGAGCACCUUCCCCCAGGCCCGGGGCCGCGUCAUACCCCUAGAGAGGCGGAGCCACCACUGUUCUUCAUGUGGCAUCUAUACUAACCACAUCCCUAAGGGGAGUCCCUCAGUGAGACCCUCCAGGAGGGGCAGAGAAGAUGAGGAUGAAUAUAGUGCAAGGUCAAUCCUGACCAAGCAGCGGAGGAAGGAGGGCCAGAAGACUGUGUGGUUCAAGGAGAGUGAAGAUUCGUCAGACAUUGAGGUGGAGAUCAUCCCAGACACUGUGGGCCGGGUGGAGGAGGAGACAGAGGAGGAGCUGGAGGGGGAGGUAGAGAUGGAAAGUGUUGUCAGAGACCCGGCAGCCCCUUUAAGAGAGGCUGAUGAUGGGCAGGAGACCAACGAACAGUACCCAGAGAACGCUAGUUCAGAAAAACAGGAAGGAAGCCAGGAGCGGGAGCACUGACAGUAGAGGUCAGAGGUCAAACUGGAGUCUGAAAGGACUGAGCAGUAUGCUGUUUGCUUUCCUGGAUGCCUACAGUCAAAGUCUCAGCAGUGGACAAUGGCACGCUUAACAUCUGUGGACUACUGCCCAACCUCAAAGAACUGACUCAAGCAUCCAGAAGUAUUUGUCUUCUACUGUGAGUAUACUACACUACAGUUCCAGCGGAAUUAACUGGACACCAAACAUACACUUGGAACCAGUGUGGGCCAAGUAUUAAAGAUGAGAUAAGGUCUUCCAAUAACACUAACACAUUUUUGGUUAAUAAUUGUGCCCAUUAGACUAUUACAGUCCCCAUUACAGGAAUUGUAGAGAUCACAGUGCCAGCAUGACCUCAAGUCCAGCGGGGCAAAAAACACGAGCAGUCAGUGUUUCACUAGGCGAGGUUGAGAUCCGAUGCUUUACAGUCUGUGCGGUGUGUAACAGUUUGCAUAUAAAUGUAGCAACACAGCACCGAACAGGUGAUCAAAGAGCAACGUUUUCCCCUUCUAAACGUUGGAAAGGUUUUUAAGGAAACCUUUCCAACGUUUACCUGAGAAAUUAAUUUCUUUUUUAAAGACAUCAUCAUUAAAAAAAACAUCAGACCCUCUUUGGACUCAUAGAAACCUCCUAUAUGGACCCGCCAAUCCAAAUAAUCUGUUCUGACUCUUUGAGUUUCUUGCCCCACUGAACUUUUGUGAGGGAACACCACCUCCACAGGCCAAAAACUUCAGUUUUCAAACUGUUAACUAAGCUUAUCACAAAAAAGACACAUUUUUGUUUUCAAAUGUAUUUGUUGUAAAGUAAAUCUUAUACCUUUAGAAAGCCUGUUUAUUUCCUAACAAAUGGUGCCAUAUUUGUUAGGAAACUGCUUCUGUGAGUUGUGCAGCAGAUUUGAGUUUACUGGGUGCACUCAAGAAAAACUUGCCAAAUCCUCUCUCCCAAUGCCAAACAGCCUUUUCUAUUAUUGACUCUUGUUUUGAGCUUCUGCUGCCCUAGGUGCUCAGUUGGUGGUGAUCUGCAGCACCAUGGACCCGGCUGCCAGGGUCAGUUAGUGUCACUUAAGCCACAUUUGACUGAUCUGAAUAGGACCCAUACCAUAGGGCAACUUCAAUCUGGUGUUCCGCAAAACCAAGCUGCAGCAUUAUUUUGAGUAAGUCCAAGUACAAUCUCCAAAUUGAAGGCCAAGUUCCAUAUAACAGGGGAUGUCAAAGAAAAGCUGCUAUGUGUGCGUUCCAAGAAGACGACACCGCAAGAAAACUGUUUCCUCGCCCUGUCAGCACGUAGGAAGUGGUCUUCUACAGAAAUGCAUCUCCUGCUGCAUAGGGCUUUAAUAUCUGCUCUUCACCAUCAGACCUAUUCGAGUUGACUUUGGCAACUUGUGCACUGGAACCUGAAGAUGUAGAGUUAUAUUCAGCAGUGAGUCCAGAUUCUUCCUAUAACACUUAGGUCGAAGUGUGCAUGGAGAAUGCUAUGCUGACUGCUUUUGGUGGAGGCGUUGUUAUGUUGUGGGGCGGUAUUAUCCUCACUGGAAAAAUGUCAUCAUUGGAUGCAGAGAUAUCGAGAUGAGAUCCUGAAACAGCUGGCAUUCCCUUAUCUCCACAGCCAAGUAGCUAACUCUGUCCUCCGAGAUCACAGAGAGACUGCCUCCAGAAUUUGAGUGGAUUUGUUGAGGAUGGCCUGCCUGCAGUCCUGACUUCAACCCCACUGAACACUUGUGAGAUCAACUUGUUUUUCAUGCUGAAAAACAAUUUGACAUUGGCUGACUUGCAACAAAUGUAACUUGAAGAAUGCGAUCUCAUCCCACAGCAGUGGGUGACCAAGCUAAUGACCCACAUGAGAAGGAAGUGACCGGCUGUUGUGGUUGUGUAUGGUGCUUCCACAUGUUACUGAGGCUUCCUAAAUUGCAAAUAUGUCUUGUCUCUUCACACUUCAGUCAUCCAAUUCGAUACACAACAUCAAACAUCAGUCAGCAGAAUAAUUUGUUUGGCAUUGGAAGAGAAGAUUUAGCAAGUUUUUCAUGGGCACAACCCACAUACUGAACUCUGCUGCUCAACCCACAAAUGCACUUUCUGUAUAAAUGUGGCAACAAAUAAACAGGCUUUCAGGUGGUAUAAGAUUCACUUCAGGUUAUAUUGUCAUUAGCAUUAGAAAUCAUGGUACAAACUACAAAAGCAAAUCACAAAGUAUUACUAAUAAACCAUUUUCAUUAUCGUAAAGUGACUGACUCCACUUUCUAAAAGGCACCAUUUAUACAGAGGUAUAAGUGGUAGUCAACAAACCCUUUUAUGUCAUUGGUAAUUCAUUCUGUCUUCAUUGACUGAAUUCAUAUUGAAUCCAUCAGCAACUAUAAGUUUGAAUGUAUAAUCAUUAUCAUAAAACAGACCAUUCAUUUUGCAGCUAUAGAAGCUUUGAUGGCGUUAGAGCUACAAAACUAAAAUGCAUUCAUUCUAGUUUUGGGCUAAGUCCAGUUAAUUCUCGGCUGCGGCUCUUUGACAUCUUACCUUGCAAUAUAAACGUGACGCAGCAUGGGAGACACUGGCCGAAACCUCCGACUGAGACAACAACAGUCAAGCAAUGACACAAUCAAGAACAACUGAACAUUCCAACAUUCACUGUCUGCAAAUAUCUCUCAAAGCUACAUCUGUAAAAUGUAAUUUAUCAAGUAGUUUCUCAUGCAUAAACUGCAAAUAAAGAGCUCAUCUUCCAUCAUUGUCCCAGCAAACCUCUUGGAUGUGGGAGGGAGAUCCCAUCGACACUAUCAUUUAUGUCAGACAGCCAGAAAAACCUCCCCCGCUGGUGAUGCUAGCAGCUUUUCUGUCUUUGGGCUGUAACGGGGUGUGGAUUGUGGUCGAUUCACAGCUUCUUGUAGCCUACAAAUGAAUACCAUUUGCAUUAGUGAUGGGAUUUCCGGCUCUUUUUAGAGAACCG